CCGAUCGGAUAUUAUUGUUUUGGACAGCUGAAUUUGCCCACUUGCCACUUGGGCUUAUUUUCAGUACUUUCAUCAAAAUUUUCUAACGAUAUUUACAGUAAAAAAGUCCUUUUAAACAUAUUCAAUCAAAUUCUUAACGAUUAUUAAAUAAAUAACGAUGCUAGUGAGCGAAAACAACACGAGAAAAUACUGGGAGCAGUCGACAAUGUUGGGUUCAGACUUGCGCCUUCGGGCUUGAAACAAAGAACCCUUUAUCAUUAUGGAUUUCGUGUUUGAUUGGGAUAACGAAGGGGAUAGAUUUUCAUUUGAUGACAGCGAUCGGUUUGACGAAGACUCCUUGUGUUCGUGGAUAAGCGAGCCGGAAAGUCUUUGUCAGAAUUGGAGAGGUUGGAAAAGGCAAAAUGGGGGUCAACAACCGUCCAGUAUAACUAAGCCGCAGGAAGGGAAAAUAGCAUCGUUGGUAGAACUAGCUGCUCAAGCUGUGGCCUGUCACAUACCAUUUGAAGUUGUAGAACAUUUUCCACAGCCCAUUCCAGAUGAAGUACAGCUUAGGAUUGCAUUUUGGAGUUUUCCAGAAAAUGAAGAAGAUAUCAGAUUAUAUUCCUGUCUAGCAAAUGGCAGUGCUGAUGAAUUCCAGAAAGGAGAACAUUUAUAUAAAACCAAGUCAGUUAAAGAUGCCCUUCAAAUAGGUUUCCAUUUGAGUGCAACAUUAACUCCACCAGCAGUUAUGGCUCAGAAUAAAGGAAGUUUUCAAGUAGCUGUUGUCUUUGAUAGGAGAAGAAUAUCAUCUUGCACAUGUACAUGUAAUGGAGCGUCUUGGUGUUCACAUGUGGUAGCGUUAUGUUUGUACAGAAUUCAUCAGGCAAAUGCUGUAACACUAAGGGCACCUGUUUCUGAGUCUUUAUCAAGAUUACAGAGAGAUCAGUUGCAAAAGUUUGCGCAAUAUCUUAUUAGUGAAUUACCACAACAGAUACUGCCAACAGCUCAGAGACUUCUUGAUGAACUAUUAUCUUCUCAGAAAGCUGCCAUCAACACAGUCAGAGGGGCACCAGAUCCUACAGCAGGACCAUCAGCCAAUGAACAGACAUCCUGGUGUCUUGAUGAAGCAACACUUCAUGAAAAUGUCAAGAAGACUCUUGUCAAAUUCUGUGUUCCAUCACCAAUGGUGUUCAGUGAUGUCAAUUAUCUGUCUGCCACUGCUCCUCCUGCUGCAGCAGAAUGGCAGAGUUUAUUAAGACCAUUACGUGGAAGGGAACCAGAAGGAAUGUGGAAUCUGUUAUCCAUUGUCAGGGAAAUGUUCAGAAGAAAUGAUACUAAUGCCAUUCCUCUUCUAGAAAUAAUAACUGAUGAAGUCUUACAAUGUGAACAGAUCCUGAUUUGGUGGUUUACAACAAAAACAUCUCCAAACAGCAAUAAUUCUAGGGGGAAUGGAACUAAUGGAGCCAAUGCAACACAGCAUGCUGCAUCUAGUCUUUGUGACGAAAUUGUCACAUUAUGGCGGCUUGCUGCUUUAAAUCCAAAAUUGUCACCAAUACAACGUGAUGACCUUUGUACAAAGUUCAAAGAAUGGCACAUAUCAACAGUAGAAAAAGUUAAAUCAGCCAGAGGUUCAAAUGUUAGUGGUGGGGCAAAUAAUUUGAAGAAAAAUGACUUUGAUAUAUUUGUUGGUUUCAGACCUGGCAUUGAGGCCUGUGGUCUGACCUGGGAUGACUAUAGAAUUCCAGGUGUCACAUACUCAGAAAAUGAGAGUUUUAAUCUUCAUUAUAGAUUUAACAAAUGUCAUGACAGUGAAAAGAAGCGAUCUCGUAUACAACCUGUUACAGUGUGUUCAGAAAACUUAAUCAGUACUGAUAAUAACACUACGCUUGCUCAAGCUCACAACAUAUUACAGGAUCAUCAUUCAAGCAGCUUUCCUAGUCGACAAAAUUCUAGUCCAAGAGAUUCUGUAACAAAUGACGGAGCAAUAAGUUCUGGUUCAGAGGGUUUCUGUGAACCAGAGAGGAGUAGCUCAUUAUUUAGAGGAGAUUCAGAUUCUGGCUCUGAAAUGAAAGAAGUUAAUUCUCGUAGCAAUUCAUAUGAAGAACAAGAUAUGCAUAAUUAUGUAAAUCAUCCCUUAGUUUCCAAUGGAUUUAGUAUUCCACCACCUAACAGUAGAUUUAAUCCUGAUAUAUACGUAAACAGUCCAAAUGAUUUAGAAAUAGGAUCUUUUCCAAUAUCGGAGUCAGUAACUGUGAAAGCUGAAGGUUCUUCUGAAUCUCAGCAGUCUGGUGAUGAAGGACAAGUGUUUUUACCAGGCAGUUCUGCUGAUAAAAAAGUCAUUGAAGGGGAAUCUGAAGUUUCUCAGGGUUUAACAGAAGAAAAUGUUCAGGAUACUUUGUUUGCCAGAGCAGAAGCAUUACAUGCACAUGGUCAUACAAGGGAGGCUUGUAGACUGGCUCAAAGGCUUGCUGAAGAAUUAUUGACAAAUCCACCAGAUCUCUUAGCUGAAACUGCAAAUCUUCCUUUAGUGAAAGGUAAAAAGAAGAAGGCUCUCACAAAUAUAAGUUUAUUAGCCAGUUCAACAUUAUCUAAGGCUGCAUUCUUAUGUAGUGUCCUGACUGAAGAGCUAGAAUGUUACCAUUUAGCAUUCAAAGUUGGAAUAUUUGGACUUGAAAUGCCAAGACCACCAGCAUCUUGUAAAUCACUUGAGGUAAAAUUAGCUUAUCAAGAAUCAGAGCUGAUUGGUCUUCUGAAGAAGAUUCCAUUAGGACCUGCAGAAUUAAAUGCACUUAGAGAAAGGGCAGAACAACUUCGUGAUGGAACUCUCAAAUCAAGAGGAGAUGCUUUACUACCCCUUACUCUUGCCAGUUUUAUCUUUGACUCGCUAUGUUUACCUGUAUUCCCAGUUGGUAGUACCAAUAGUCGUCCACCAAGUAGGUCAGUUCAAGUCACGACCAGGCUUCCAGGAGAUGAGAAGUUAGGAUUUGAAGGUGCUGUUGCUGCAUUAGGUAUGAAAGCAAAUGUAUCUGAAGCUGAACACCCAUUGUUAUGUGAAAGUACAAGAAGACAAAGGGGAGAACUAGCUAUAGCUAUGCUUGUUCAGUAUAAAGAUGACAUGUCCAAAUUAAGCAAGAUAAUGGAGAAGUUACUAGACAAAGAAGUACACCAGUCCUUUAAGGCCCCAAGUUUAGUUGAUUUACUUGGCAGCAGAUCUCCUUGUUCUCAGCCUGCAGUUCCUCUUCCAUCACCAGCUGCCACCACAACAAAUCCUGUAUCACCAUAUCAUCAGAUGCCCAGUGGUUCAUCAACAUCUCCUGGGGAUAGGAAUAGGAUUGACCAUCCUCCACGCCAUGAAGAACCACUUGCUAGACAUCCAAACCCUCCUGUUGUAGGUGUUGGAGCAAGGCCUAAAAUUACAUAUCCUAGAAGGUGUAACAGUGGCAAAGAUACAGACAGUUCCACUGUUGAAGAAGAGGAUAAUUUCAGAGCUUUGGAAGCCAAGUUAAGGUGUAUGGCAAUCAAAAAGAAACCAUCACAAGGUAUGGCUAGUAUUGACAGCAGUGCACCUGAAACAACUUCUAGUGAUAACUCACCAACAUUAGUGCGACGCCCAUUUCCUAAACAUCAGGGACCUGGCAGUGAUUGUGGUAGUAGUGGUGACAGUGACUCACUGGGAUCCAGUAGCUCAGGAGAGAAAACAAACAGGGUUAAAAUAAGGGACAAUGAAAGUCCACCUAGUCAACUUGUAAACAGAGUAUUACCAGUCCAAGUUUUACAGGAUAGAAGCUUAACACCUUCAACAUCUAAUGUGAAAAAUACAAGAUUCAAGGGUAAAAAUCGCAUCAUGCCAACACUGCCUAAUCAACCAAGUGAAGCCUCCGCCCAUUUCAUGUUUGAGUUAUCAAAGACAGUACUUGCUAAAGCUGGAGGGAAUAGUUCUACAUCAUUGUUUACACAGCCUUCUAAUAAUAAUCAACAUACAGGUCCACAUCGCAACCUUCAUUUAUGUGCAUUCCAGAUAGGAUUAUAUGCUCUGGGACUGAAUAACUGUGUAUCACCAAAUUGGCUUUCCAGGACAUACUCUUCACAUGUUUCAUGGAUUUCAGGUCAAGCAAUGGAGAUAGGAACUGCUGCUAUUAAUAUCCUAAUAGAAACAUGGGAAGGUCAUCUAACUCCACCAGAAGCUGCUUCUCUUGCUGACAAGGCUGCAAGAGGUCGUGACCCUAACAUGGUUAGAGCUGCUGCAGAAUUAGCUUUAUCUUGCCUACCUCAAGCACAGGCUCUAAAUCCAUCAGAAGUUCAGAGAGCAUUGUUCCAGUGCAAAGAACAGAGUAGAGAUAUGCUAGAAAAGGCCUGUCUAGCAGUGGAAGGUGCAGCAAAAGGAGGUGGAGUUUAUCCUGAAGUCUUGUUUGAUGUUGCUAGACAAUGGUUUGAAUUAUCUGAAGAGGCUGCUCAAUCCAAUAAUAACUCAGAUGGCCAAAAAAGGAAUUCAGCCAAUGUUGAGAACAAGGAAGUUCAUUCUAUGUCAGUAGCUCAAACAGAACGUUGCAGUCCAGCUACUCUACCAAUUAUUCCAUUCAGUUCACCUUCACCACAUAAUGCAGUCACAGUAGCCAGUGCCACAAUGGCCCAUAAUAAUCAUAUGCCGCAACAACCACUGGUAUUAUCAUACGCAACUUUACCACCCCAGCCAGCGCCUCAUCAGAUGCCACACCAAGCCUUUGUCCAGCAUUACAGUUACGUCCAACAAAUCCCACCAUUUAGUACCCAGCUUCAUCAUCAGCAUAUCCCCAUCCAUCCUUAUGUCACCACUCUUACAUAUCAGGGUCAGCAUAUAGGUAUACCAAACACUACACAAGCAAUGUAUCCCCACGGAGGAAUGCCUGUAAGACAGCUAGGACCUGCUAUACAAGUGUUUCCUAGUCACACUCAGUGCCAAUUAAGUACUGUUGUACAGACACCGCCAUCAUCCUCAGCGAACGGACAAUCUAUGCAUCCUGUCGACCAGCAACACGAUUCUGAUUCUCCUAGUCCUCCACAUGUUCAUCCUGUUGGUCAUCACAACCAAGCUCAACUGAAUUAUCUCAAUGCUGCCUUCCGUACAGGAAUGUUAGCCAUGGAAACCCUAGCUAGACGUGUACAUGAUGAUAGACCUCAGGCAAAGUAUGCAAGGAAUCCACCCUAUGGAGAAGAUGUUAAAUGGCUUUUGAAUAUUGCUGUAAAACUAGGUACAAACUACAUACAGCAGUUUUGUAUGAGUUCAGUGAAUGCUGUAGUGAGUCCAUUUGUAUUGUAUGACAUAGCCAUAGAAGCUGCACAUGUGUUGGCCAGGAACAACCCCACCAUUGCACAGAACCAUCUUAGAUCCACCAUACUUAAUCCUAUCAUACAGAAAUGUACACAAAUGUUCAUACAAUGUGCUCAUCAACGUAUACACCAUAUCAAUCAAGCAGAUUAUGACGACUUUGUCAGUACAAUUUGCAGUGCAAGAAACGCCUUUUGUUUGACUCAAGGAGGCAUGAUACAAUUUCAAGAACUUCUCCAAAGUCUAAGGCGAUCAAAAUCUUGUCGUAAAGAGUUAUGGACAAGGAUUGUGAAUGGACUGGCAACAGGGAAUGUUUGAUAUUGGCAUUGAAUAGAAUUAUAAAAAAAUCAGGUUCCCAUAAAUGUUUAUUUUUUGACAGUUCUUUGUUUGACCUUAUCAUACUUAUAGAACUAUUAAAUACACAUUAUUUUUUGUCAUGAAUGUAAGUUUAUACAUGUUUUAUUAGUAUAUGUUAAUUAUUUAAAUUUUUUGUUUUAUUUAUACAAAUGUUAGACAUUAUUGUGUUUAUUUUUUUCUUUUUUUUUCUUGAUCAUUGUUUUCAUUAAAUUACAUUAGAAAAUGAAAGAUUCAAGGAAGUCCUCAACAUGUUAAUUUUACAUUUUCAAAUUUAAAUGUUCAGAAGUAAAUUUUUUUCCACAAAUAGUAAACCUUUAAAAAAUAUGCAUUGGUUUUAAAACUUGUUUGUUGGUUUAGAACAAUUUCAAAGGUCUAAAUUAUAAAAAAAGUGAUUUAAAACUGCUUUUUCUUCCAGUUUUAUGCAAAAUAUAUAUACAAUGGUACAUAGUAUAGAACCGAAUAAUAAAAACUAACUUCUAUGGAAAGCAUUCCAAAUUUUUUUUAAAUUCAUUGAACAGAAAUGAAAUUUAUGCAGUUCAAGACUGAUAAAAAUAAUAAUGAAUCAAUAUCAUGUUUCUACAAUUUAUAUGUAUACUUGUUAUUUGGAUGUCAUAUUUAUAAUUCUGUGUAUAAAUUUGUGUUGCUGAAGUAUUUUUACAUGUGAAAAAGAAAAGAAAAAUAGAAAAAUAAAAUAAUGAAAAAAUAUUGUUAAUUGAAAGAGUCCCAACAGCAUUUGAAAUGAAUGCUGUAAUGAUUUUACUGAUGAACAACAUUGCCUGAUAUAUCAGUCCUGGUUAUCAGAAUGGUAUGAUUUAAUUUAACAACCUUUAUACCAAUGGGCUCCUUAUCAAGAAUUCUAAAAACAAAAUGAAUUGGGUACUGGUUCACCACAUUUUUUAGUAUGUAGAUUGUGAUGGCAUUUGAUUUUUAUUGAAUAAAAUGUAUUACAAUUACAACAUUCAAGAGAUUUCUACAUGCAGGUCACAAUUACCUACUUAACAAGAAAUUACUUUUUAAUAUUAAUAUGCCUUUGUAAUUAUUUUUAUUGUUUUUUAGAACAUAAAAAAAGAAAUGAUCAUAGAGGAAAAUUUGGUCACAAUGAUUAUCUUGAAAAGAAUGAACUCAUUAUUGUAUGAUGUCUAUGACAUAGGGUAAAUUCCCAUCUUGAAAAGUUCUCAAAUUAUGUCUACCAUUUUGACCUUUUUCUUUUAAUAUGAACUUUAAAAAAUUUGCUUUAUAAUCUGUAUAAAGGGUUCAUUAAGAAUGUUAAAAAUGGUAAUAUUUAGAAAUUUUUGUUACCCCCUCCCUCUUUAUAUUAGUUCAAUUUCUUCUUUCCUAGAAACCCCCAAUAACAAUAAAAAACUCCUUUGGUAUAUUGUAUAUUAUUGAAACAUUUUUAUUUCUGCAUAUUUCUGAUUUUAUGUCAUAUUUUUAUCACUUAAUCCCAACUUCUCGUGUUGUGUAAUAUACGUCUUCCACAAAUUAAAGUAUAUAUAUAUAUAUAUAUGUGUAUAGAAAAUAAUAUUUAUUAAGAUAUAUAAAUAUAGGCUUUCACUCAUCCUGCUUUCCUGCUUAUAUCAUUGAACAGUAAAUUUUGAUUAGAUUAUUGAUAUCUGAAAUAUUUUUAUGCCUAGGAGGAGAUGAAACUUCAAUAUUUCCAUGUUUAACAAUGUUAUUCAGUAAACGGCCAUGUCAAUAAUAUGCUAGAAAUGUUACAGCGGAGUUUUAUUUGGAAACUUGAUGGCUAUCUAGUCAAGAAAACCAGAUGAUAUUAACGCAUUAAUGGUAAACAGUUAUAGUGGAUACUAAGGGAAAAACAACAAUUGCUCUUGGCCUAUAUCAGUAUACACACUAGGCAACCAUACUGUCUUGCUUCAGCUAUUCCCUCAAAUGGUCAUGUGUCUAUGACCUUCAGAUAUGGGAUGGAGUUUUGUAAGUUGUUGGUCAAGUGAUUUAUCCUACUUGCUCCCAUUUACUUUCACAAUUGAGUUAAAUGCCUUCAGAUUCUAUAAAUAUAUUUAAAGUAACAUCAAUCUACUGAAACAAACAUAUUAGUUUUAUUUUUUAAACAAUAAACAUCUGAGUGUGUUCAGAAUUUUUUUUUAUAUCAAAAUAAGUUCUUCUUUCUAAAUCUACUUAAAACUCCUUGAUUGUUGAAACUGUUACUUUUUCAAUGUUGCUCUUUUGAUAUUUAUACCAAAUUGACAAGUUGUUUUCUUAACAUUUUUAAAGAGAAACCUGAUGGACAAAAAGAAAAAUAUGAUGACAAAAUUUUUUUCAUAGUUUUUAAUUAUUUCACUAUCUUUCUAUUAAGAUUCAUUUAUUUGAAUGCUUAAGAUAAGUACAACAUAAAUACAAGUGUAAAGUGCCAUGGUAUCAACAUUCCAAUUGAAUGUAGUUAUAGAUGUUUAGUUAUGACUCGGUAGAAGAUUUUAAUUAACUAGCAAAUGAAUUCAUAUAAUCUAAAAAUUUGACAAACGUAAAAGAUAGAAAAGUUAACACAAAGGUGUGCUUGUAUAUGAACAGAUCCAGUCUGUGCUGUGUUCAAAGUCCAAUAUUUUCAGCCAUUGAAAAAUAAAUUAUUUCACAUUUUUAUUGUACUUGUCAUCUAUUGCAUCAAAUUAUUUCAUAGCAUUAUUACAAAUGAAAUUGUUGAAUCUAGUGAAUAUACUAUUUUCAGUUGUAAAGUCUUGAUUUAUUCUAUACAUUUUAGAGGGCCAUUUAUAGUUAUAUUUGUGCUGAAUAAAUCUGAAAAUUAUUAUAGAACAUAAGCAUAUACCCAAAAAUGGUAAACUUCUUGACAACGAAGAUAGACUGUUUCACAUUAUGUUUAUUACAUUUGUUCUUUAUUUGCUAAACUGUACCUUUUGUCAUAUUUUCAAAUUGUUGUAAAUAUUCAUUUUUUUGUGGAACCCUGUAUUUCAUUUUAUUUAAUCACAGGAUGAUGGUACUUUGCACAUCUGCUCAAAAUAAUUAACUUCAUAAAAUUCUUAUACAAAUAUACAGAAGUCAUAAGUGUGACAGUUUGUAUAAAUGUAUAUGAUAGAUGAGUGUAGGAAUUUCUAAAAAUAGUACAGAUAAAACAAAGUUUGGUUGCUUACAAUACAAAAAAAUCUCAUAGUUUGGUAUUAAGUUUACUUUUAGUACACCAUUGCAUUAGUAUAAAAGUAAAACAAUAACAGUUAGUCACAUGCAGUUUUAGGAGAUUCAACAGAUUACCAGAACUAAUUGAUUUGUUUAACCUAUUUAAAUCAUAUUUUCAUUCAUGGUAUUUUAUUGCACUGUUAUGACAUGACAUGAGAAAAAAAGAUGGAAGGUUUAUAAAUAAACAUAGAUAUUAGUCAAAUUAAUAUUUAUUAUAGCAAAAAAAUAUUACAUGCAAAAACUGAGAAUAUGUUGUUCCUUUUCUGUUUUCAUCACAAUCAUAAGCCAUUGAAAUGUUUGUAUCAUUUAUUUACCCAACAGACAGCUGUGUUCAUAUAGAAAGUUUAAAAAGUUGUUUCCCUUAUUAAUCUAUUUAGUUUUUUUCAAUAUAUGACAAAUAUUAAAAUCCAGUUUCUGCAACAAAUAUGUGGAUUGUACUAUACAAAUAAGUUUAAUAUAUAUAUAUUUUUGUGUAAUUUAAUGGGAAAUUUAAUUAACACACAUUGAAAUACCUCAAGAAUUAGUGAUUUGAAAUUUGUUGAAUAGUUUUGCUCUUUAAAAUACUGAAAUCAGUAAACAUAUUAAAUUUAUUUUGCUUUCAAAGGUAGCCUAGAAAUGUUAGAAUUUAACUUAAUAACCACAUCUUAUAAGUCAGCUUCCACUUUCUACAUCAAUAGUUUUCCACUUAAGAAGUUAUUGUGUUUGAACUAUCUACAGACAGCAACAUGUUAGUUUACCUUUGUUUGUCUGUCUCUACUUUUGUGAUCAAAUCUAUCUUUAGUAAUGUCCUGAUUUUGUUAAUAUUGGUGUUUAAGCCCUUUUUUCUUGAAAAUAUGAAAAAUAUAUAUUAAUGAUAUUUCCACACUGCAGUAAUGUAUAGCACUGCUCAUUGUAUUCACUUCUACAUUUACUUUUACCUGUUUAGGCAUUCAUUGCCUUUAUGUCAGUUUCUCAAUAAUCUUUGUUUAUGUUUUAAUGGUCACCACUUCAGUCCUCUAUCAUGGUACAACAUUAUUCAGUAACACAUAAGUCACUGUGAAUAUCAUGUUUUCUGAUGAGUUAUUUAAGCUAGGACAUUCAUGUCUUUUCAUACGCCAUCUAGGAUAUGAAGAAUAUUCCUGAAAUUUCUUUGAAGUCAAUUAUUGACUUUAAUAUUUUUUCAUGAGAUUAAAUGGAAAUGAAAAAUUUGAAAAGAUCAGGGUUAAUUGAAAUUAAGUAAAUAUUACGAUAUAAGACAACAAUUCUCUUCAGCUGUGACUGGCAAACAGCUAUUUGCAUAUUAAGUGAAAAGUUAUAUUCUCUCCAAUAGAUUUUUUGCUCUUACUCCCCCCUUAAAAAAGGAAAAAUAUAAAAAAAAUAUUAUGUCACAGGAGAAAGUAUUCUUAUGAGCAGAAUUUCAUGUUCUUUUGGCUCAGACACCUUGUCCCAGAGUACUGUUUGCAUAGAAUUAUUAAGAAUUUUAGCAUCAAAUGAUAAGUUAACUAAAAAGGAUGACACUUUCAUAUCUAAGGAACUGUAUAUAAUAUUCAGAAAGGUCAUGUCAAUUUUAUCUUGUCAAUCAUUCAGAUUCCCUCAACAAGAAAUUACUGUUGCAUUUUUAUCACCAUUUAUUAGGAACUAAAAUAUCAUAAAAAGUUUAAAAAGAUGUUUUGAACAGCUAUUUAAGAGUUAUUGGUUAAAUGACACCAUCAUUACUGCCUUCAUAGAGAAAGCUACUUAUAACGUUAGCUGUUCCAUUGGACAAUUAUUGGAAUAAAAUAUUGAAAGAAUAACAAAUAAAUGAAUGUGAUUGAAACUCUUACUAACAGCAUAUGUAAAUGUAUGUUUAAUAAUUAACAGAACAUUUAAACUUAUCAAAAAUUUAUACUUUUUAAUUGCUGUUUUCUGCAUUUGUAGGAUAACAUCCAGUUUCUGCAUAUUAUAAUGCGUAAGAAUAAAACUGACACUUUCUUCAAAAAUCAAAUACUGCUUAUUGACUUCUGCAUUUUCAGUAGUACCCCCAAUUGCCUUCUAUAUUUUAAUUAAUCGUAAGCUUUUCAUUUGACCAAUAAUAUUGAACCAAUAGGAAGCGAUGCUAAAUGCAGUGAACAGCAGUACAGAAUAAUUAGUUUCAAAAACUUUUAACACAUUUUUUUUAGUAUUAGUCCAUUCAGUAUGUGAAACUGAAAACACAUAAAGAACCUUGUAAAGUUGUAAGAUUGGAUGAAAAUGAACAGCAGAACUGUACAGUCUAAGACAUUCAUAUAAAGAUGUGACCAUACCAUUACAAAUGUAUCAUGAUUGUAUUAAAGAAACAUCAGAGUGGAAAUGCUUGUUUUUAUGUGUGAAAUAAGUUUAAUAUUCAGUCAAAAAGUGUUUAUAAGUAUCUAUACAUACAUUUUAUAUUUUUCAAGUCCCAGUUUGUAACUGGUCUGUGAAUGUUAGAGCUCUGUCAUAUUUGUUACCAGCAUUCUUUAUAUAGCAUUAUUAACAACAGAAUAAAUUAUGCAAAGGUAUGGAGGUAUGAAUGCCACAAAUCAACAAAAUAAAUGAUAUUAUGAAAAAUA